GAGAGAGAGCUCCAGACCAGCCCCUCCAGCCUGCUGCAUGUUUCAACUCAGGUCCUUCUUUCCAUCAUAGAGCCUUGUCAGUUUGACUCAGUCACUGGCUGCUCAUGUCUGGAUUCUACUCUCGGGAAGACUGCUAAAGUUCCAGAUAGGGGCAAAAGUGGCAAAAGCACACAGAGCUCAAGAUCCCCCUCUUCUGGUGACAAUUGGAUCUCGUUGAUCUUAUCAUAUAUGUUUCCACGCUUCAACUAAAAUGACUAUAUAGCCAUUAAAGUACCGUCGAGCAUGGAGGCUUCAAGUUCUGCUCACGUUUGGACUACGUCCACUAUGCACCCCUCCUCGACACCACUAUCCUCUUAUGGCUAUCUUCAGUUCUUCUGGCGGUACCAAGACAAUGCAGUCAUCGUGGAGCAUUACAACUACACCGGCAAGCUGCAGCGGGACCGCUACCGUGACGGCCUCCGACCCGAAGGCAUCGCCUUCCUGGUAGUGUGUCUGCUCAUCGUCCUGGAGAACGCUGUGGUUCUCCUUGCUAUCUGGCGGAACAAGAAGUUCCAUUUGCCCAUGUAUUAUCUCCUAGGAAACCUGACUCUCUCUGAUCUCCUAGCAGGGAUUACAUACAUGGCAAACAUUGUCAUGUCCGGGCCAAAGACUUUGCAGCUGACGCCUCUGCUGUGGUUCCUCCGAGAGGGAGGAGUUUUCAUCACUCUGGCUGCCUCUAUCAUCAGUCUCUUGGCUAUUGCCAUCGAACGGCAUGUGACCAUGGUGACUAUGAGGCCAUACCACAGUGCAAAGCGGGGACGGAUGUUGGCGUUGAUCUGUGCAAGUUGGGCUCUCGCUGGCUUUUUGGGCGUUCUCCCAAUCCUGGGAUGGAACUGCAUCCACAGGCUUGACCAGUGCUCCACCGUGCUUCCACUCUACGCCAAGAGCUACAUCCUGUGCUGUGUGUCUGUGUUCAGCGCCGUUCUCCUCGCCAUCGUGGUCCUUUACGCCCGGGUUUUCCGCAUCGUCCGCAUAAAUACGCAACGUCAGCGGCUGGGCUUGUCCAGCAGCAUGAGAAAAGGCUUAGCGAGGAAAUCCCAGAAGUACAUCGCCCUCCUCAAGACGGUCACCAUCGUUCUGGGUGUCUUCAUCGCCUGUUGGCUCCCCCUCUUCCUCCUCCUUCUCCUGGAUUUCUUCUGCCCAACGCACAGUUGCCACCUCCUCUUCAAGGCAGACUACUUCCUGGGGGUGGCCAUGGUCAACUCGCUUCUCAACCCCAUCAUCUACACCCUGACCAGCAAGGACAUGCGGAGAGCCAUUCUGAGAUUGCUCUGCCGGCCGUGUCUCAUGACCAGAGAUGGCCAGGUGAAGAAGAUCGGCAUGCCGUUCCUGGAGUGCAGCUUCAGCAAGACAGAGGUGGCCUCGCAGAAGUUGGAGGGAGGGGUGGAGACGACAAUCUCUUCUGGGAAUGGCGCCACAACCCAAUCUCCCAUCAAGGCCCUUUAUCCUAAACUCUUUAGGCCCUAAGAACUAUCGACUUGGGUCGCACUUAACUGAGAAUAUAUAGCACACCUCUUGAGGACAACUGGGAUCUACUCACUGUUUAUGCUUUUUUUUACUGGCAAAAACAAUCCCCUAGUCCCUAAACCAAGAAGGAAAUGCAGACAUUAGCUUACCCCGUUGCUGAGUGUUUCAGCAUUGUACUCCACCAUCCUCUCAGUCCCUUCAGAGGUACACUCAGGAAACCUCUGUUACUCGCAAUUGUUGUUAGCGUGGCUCUUUCUGACUGAUGUGUUCAAGGUGGCAUGGGUUUUUGCAAUAUGUACUGUGCUUUGGAAAAUGAUUAAUUAGGACUUAAAACCAGGAACAAGAACAGCCACAUUGGGUCAAGAAGCAUCCCACACACAAAGCUACAGUUAGCUUUAGUAUAAAGGUUUCUUUAUGCAGUGACUGUAAAUAUUCCUAUUACAUUAGGUAUUCUAAGGGCAUCGAAUCCAUCGCAAGAAGACUGUUCAAAUUGUCUUACAAGACUACCUUAUCGUAAAGUUGUGAUUAUGUCAUUGCCCCGAGGAUAAUUGGUAACAACCCAGGACAAAAAGGCUACUUGUUAAAUGUCAACCAGCCAACUCUUGUCAACUGAUUUGCACUGAAAUGCACUCCUGUGGUUCUAUGGUUUAUACCCAAGCCUGGAUUGAUUAAAAAUGAAUGAGCAGCAAGUGUAGACACCACAUUCAGAUUCACGCAAUUUGUGUGGUUUCAUCUUUAACAAAAUUAAAAUGCACACACUUGUUAAUCUACAAACACAUGCAUUUCGCUGGAUCGAAGGCCCAUAUAGUCUACUUGACGGCGAUGCAGGAAAGGAGAUAGUCAACAGGAAAGAGCUGUGGUACAUACUGUGGCACAGCAACCUUCAGUAGGGGGUAGACGCAAAACCAAAGUUGACAGUUAUCGCGUGCGCAGUGGAAAAUGCAUCAGUGUUGAAUACCAGUCUUCUCAGCAGCAGAAGCACAAUGUUGUUAAUUGAUUCCAUUCCUAUUAUCUCAUGUUUGCUGUCACACUCUUGUACAAAUGUUUGUUGCCUUUUUUUGUACUUUAAUUAAUUUUGUAAAUGUGUCAUAAAACCUGUAUAGUAAAUUAUAUACAUUUUGUAACAAUGUCUGUGAUCUUAACCUGUUUUUUUAUAUAAAGGACAGAAAAAGUU